GUCAUAGCAGCAUAUUGCUCUAUUACGUAAAAUUAUUAAAUUAUCGCUAAUUAAUUAAACAACUAUGCCGCCAAAAGCCGUUGCUAUGAAGGGCUCAAAAAAGGCCGUCUCCAAAGCUAAGAGUCAAUCAAGACAAAGCGUCGACAAGAAGAAGAAGAGAAAGAGAAAGGAAUCUUAUGCAAUUUACAUUUAUAAAGUUCUUAAGCAAGUUCAUCCAGAUACGGGUAUUUCGUCAAAGGCAAUGUCGAUUAUGAAUUCGUUCGUGAACGAUAUUUUCGAAAGAAUUGCCGCCGAAGCCUCCAGACUGGCCCAUUAUAAUAAAAGAUCCACGAUAACCUCUAGAGAAAUUCAGACAGCAGUUCGUCUUCUUCUACCUGGAGAAUUAGCAAAGCAUGCCGUAUCCGAAGGUACUAAGGCUGUUACCAAGUAUACAAGCGCAGCUAAAUAG